AGCAGCCAGGCAGAGGCUGCCUAACGGAGCUGUGGACUGUGACGGUGAUCGUGUAUCAUACCUGGUGCUGAGUGUGUUCCACUGUCUUAUAGGUAUGUAAUGGAUACACAGAUUUAUUUUGUGGUUUGAUGUUGAUUUGUGCAAGAUUUUACUUUUCUUUAGUCCAUUUGUUGUUAAUCUAUAAAAAAGCAGAGGCUGCCUAACUGAGCUGCUGGACUGUGACGGUGAUCGUGUAUCAUACCUGGUGCUGAGUGUGUUCCACUGUCUUAUAGGAAUAAAAAAAAAAAAAAACCAACGCAGAGUACUAUUCCUUUCCACAUCUGUUACAUCUGGUGCCGUGACCCGGAUCCAUUGGUUAGCCGCUGCCGACCGCCGAGGGUUCAACUGUGUGCUAGUGAAGCCGACGUCAUCAAGCUGGUCGACCUGUGGAUCCUGUUCAUUACUGUCGAGGUUACGAUUGUUUUUCUGAAUACAGAGACUUAAAUCAACUACUCAAAUCUCUAUAUUAGUUUUGUCAAAGCCAUUUUUUUGUGAACUGUGGAACCCUUUUGGUUAACUUUUUUACAUUACUGCUUUUGUACUGUGUGAAACAUGGCAGGCAGAGGUCAUAGUACCUUUAAUAUUUCCACACCAGUAGUUGGACGUGGCAGAGGGCUGUUAGCCCAGAGUAGUACUCAAGUGAUUGAUGAGGGUUCAUCAGAAGCAGAGGGGAUAUUUGAAAUUCCUCCGCUGGAGCCCCAGUUUUCCACCCCUGUAACUAAUAAUGAAAACACCAUGCAACAGUUACGAGACCUCAUUGGUGAAAUAGGGAGCCAAAUAGGUGAGGCCAUUACCAGCCGUUUGUUACACAGUGGGUCUCACCCCACUCCAGAGAAGUCUCCACCAUCACAGUGUGUGCAGAAUGAGACAUCCAACACCGUUAUUGAUCUCACAAAAAUGAGCCUGGUGGUGAAACCAGACAUUAGAGAACCCCCUAUCUAUCGUGGUGAUGGUGAUGAUAGGAUCUCUGUUCAUGAGUGGAUAGAAGUGAUGGAGGUCUACCUGCGUAAGAAAGGAUUCUCAGCUGAGGAAAAAACAGACGAAAUCCUGAACCACCUGCUUGGCAAAGCAAAGAGCAUUGUAAAGAUUGGACUAAAGAGUAGCCCUUCUACCACACCUGUAAACCCUGAGGCAGUCUAUAACAUUCUGAGGCGCUAUUUCAGUGACAUUCCUGGGUCUUGCUUACCAUUGGCUGAUUUCUAUGCUACUCAGCCAACAGCAAAUGAGACACCAGUGGACUACUGGGUUAGACUUAACACAGCUGCUGAAAAUGCUGACAGACACUUGAAAGAUCAAGGGAGCAGCCUGAAUAAAAUGGAUGCAGAAAUAGCAAUGAUGUUCAUCAGAAAUUGUCCUGAUCCGAGUCUUGCCUGUGUUUUCAAGUGUAAGCCCACCACUAAGUGGACACUCACUGAGGUGCAGGAGGCCAUUGAUGAACAUCAAAGAGAGCAGCAAGUGAAGAGACCACAGGCAACUGCGGCAAAAGCAAAAGUUCUCCAGAUUGCUACUGCAACAGCAGCACUUGACCACUCAGAGCCUGAAGUAGAACAUAGGCAAGUGAACACUGUCAAAAUUACUCCUGUCAGUUUUCCCAGCUCGAAUGAUCGUCCUGCAGAGUCAGGUGCUCUGGAACGGGUGUUAACUAUGCUUGAAAGAGUAUUAGAACGUACUGCCCAACCCGUUGGUGAUACUCAGCUUCAGUUUUUCCCUCCCAAUCGGUCUUCUCCAUGUCAAGUAUGUGGCAACGGUAACCACUCUACAAGAACACACUGCAUGAGAGAGAGAAGAUGCCUGGCCUGUCUCGAGAUUGGACACCAGCGAAGAAACUGUCCAAAAAUCACAGAUUCUCAGCGAGUUGGAGGCUCAGCUGACCAGGGAAACUAAGCCACUCACACUUGGGAGGGCACUGUGUGAGUGAGUAUGAUGGGUCCCUCACCUCAAAAGAAGAUAUACAAUCUGUGUAUGCAGAAAGUUUGAAAUCUGCUCCAUCUAAUACUUCUGUGCUGUUUCAAAACAUAUCCAGACUAGAAAAGGCUGACAGCCUCUUUUACACUGAUGCACAGGUUGAGGAUAAAGUGUCAUUGCAAGCGCUUUUAGACACUGGCUCCAUGGCCUGCACUAUCAGUGCAGAAGCUGAACAACUUCUUAAGAAUGCAGGGUUUGCAUCCCAACCCGACUCUAACCAUAAUGAUAUUGUUCUUGUAGGCUGUGGAGGAGUUCAAGUAAAACCCAAAUGCACCCAUGAAUUGAAAAUGGAAGUAUAUGGCUGUGUAUUUAGUGUUCCAGCUCUAGUGGUCCCUGGGCAGAAAGAUCAGCUAAUUCUGGGCACAAAUGUCAUCAAACACCUUCUAAACCAGUUCAAGCAGUCCCCUCACUUUUGG